UGUGUGUGUCGCAAAGCACAAGACCAUUUUCAUCAAAGCUAAUUAGGGAAGGAGCAGGAGAGAGAGAGAGAAAGUGAGCAACAGUGAGCGGGAGAGAGAGAGUGAGCGAAAGAGAGGGGGUGGAACAGAGAGGAGCACCGAGAUGUGGUUUUGCUCUAAGCAACCAGUGCAGUGUGUGAUUUUCUCAGACAGCACGAUCCACCAGUUGCUAUCGCGCACACUCUCCCACCUGGCAACUACCACCAGCUCUUCCAUCUGAACAGCACAGAGAACUCGCACACAUAGAGCGCCUGGCAGGGAGAAGAGAACGGAAGAGGCAGCUUUGUUGCGUUGCACACACACUUCCAAGUCUGCGAGGGGCUGGAGAAUACAGCGGGCGGAACCGGUGGAUUGCGGCAUGGAAUGGAAUCUAAGAAGGAUGGACAGCGAAAUAAGGCAGAUUAAUCCCGACUUACUGCAACCCAGUAAGAGCUUCAAGAAGCCCUCCUCGGGCACAAUCACACUCAACGUGGGGGGCUUCCUCUACACGGCCCACCGCACCACUCUGGUCAAAUACCAGGGCUCGCUGCUCGAGGAGCUGGCCAAUGGGAAGAAGCCCGUGCAGCACACCGACUCCAUGGGAAACCCUUUCAUUGACCGGGACGGACCCGUGUUCCGCCAUGUGCUCAACUUCCUGCGUACCGGGGACCUCCAGCUGCCCGACGACUUCCGGGAGGUGGGGCUCCUCGGGAAGGAGGCGGAAUUCUACCGCCUGAGCGAACUGGUGGACGCCGUGUUCGAAUGGGAGGAGCAGAGGACCACCAAGAGAGAGCCCGCCUUCCUGGAGGUGACGGACAGCCACGAGCGGUCACAGGGCCUCAAGGUGUACUGCAGCGAUCCAGCGUUUAUCGACAAGGUCAAGGCGCGGCUGGUGCAGAUCUCCAAGAGCCGCCUGGACGGCUUCCCGGAGGAGUUUGAGGUGUCGUCAAACGUGAUCCAGUUCCGCCACUUCAUCAAGUCGGAGCCGGGCUCCCGGCUGGUGCUGAAGGAGGACAGCACCUUUCUGUGCACCCUGGACUGUCUCAAGCUGGAGACGGUGAUGCUGGCCCUCAAGGGGGGCUUCAAACUCAUCACCAGCCUCGACAGCAGCAAAGGGUCGGUGGUGGCGGCUGAGGCCCUGCACUUUGUCAAGUAGAACGGUGUUAAAGAGCAGGGGUCAUGAGAGAGAGAGGGAGCGAGAUAGAGAGGGCACAUCGACACAUGGAAAAGGAGAAAGCAGUGACAGAGUCCAUACCCAUCUUAAACAACUGAUUUUUGUGUGAAAUUGUUGAUAGCUUGUGUUGUGUACAAAGUUGUUGCAUCGUGGGGUAGCGGAUUGAAGAGAUGGCAAGGGUGUCACAUGGUUCUUAGAACUUAGAAUUUCAAGUAUUACAAUAUUAUUUUAAACAAGUGUCUUAACGUUUCAGAUUGAUCAAAAUUAGAGAAUCCUGUUGAAAACAUUGUUUUGAAUGGGACGCAGUGUCAUAUCUAUUACAAAUCAAAUCCUUGUUGAUCAAAUUUGUACUUUUUUAUGCUAUGAAGAAGCCUAAAGCAUUGCUACUCCUAAUGAAAAAAUAACCUUUCUGCCAUGUUGUUCUUAAACCAACAGUGUUCUUAGACCAACCAACAGUGUGCAUGCGUACGUUUAAAACCAUGUUUAAGGGAUAUAAAACACAACUCUGUGGCUCAUGUCCCUCCCCUUUCUCCCUCUAUGGAACCCAUACGAGUGAUGUUACACCCAAGUGGAAAAGAUUGAUCAAGUCAAUGUGAAAAUACAGAUAAAAAGUAAUCCACAAUGUAUCUCUAAUCAUGCUUGCCUUUCCCUUUACAACGUGUGUGUGUGUGUGUGUGUGUGUGUGUGUGUGUGUGUGUGUGUGUGUGUGUGUGUGUGUGUGUGCGCUUAGUUUCAAGCAUGAUGCAUGUACCUUUAAGUAACGUUCUGUUAGUGCCAUAUUGUUUUUAUCUAUAAUUGAAGUACAGUAACCAACAACUCUUCAACUGUUUUUUCAAUGUAUAAAACAUAAAUAAAAGUUCCAAUCAAAA